UCGUGGAUAGCUUAAAGUUUAAACCCUUCGCACGCCUCCUCGGUCCGUCUGUUUGUUAGUGUAACGUUCACCUCCGCACUUGAAGUUGUUCAUCCCUCUUCUACGUUGCCUUUGCAUUGCGUUGUUUUUCAAGAAGAGCUGACGUAGGACGUCAUGGGGUUCCUGGCCCUCCCCCAGUUUCGGUACCAUGGACCGUGGGUGCAGAUGCUGAUUGCUGGUCUCGGUGUUGGCUCUUCAGCGGGAAUCUACGUUGCGCUCAACCUCCUUGGGGCUGGUGGUGGGAAGCCGGACUCAGCGCAAGUAGUUCAGGUUGUAAACGCGACAUUAUGUGCAGUGUGGUUCUUCUCAUCCUCUUUUGGCGGCUCAAUCCUGAACAAGCUCGGACCGGGUCUGACAAUGUGCAUUGGCGUCCAGACCUACGCUGUGUACGUUGGAUCGCUCUGGUAUUACGAUGAGACGGGCAAGACGGGCUACCCUUAUGCCGCUGGUCCUAUCAUCGGUAUUGGUGCAGGUAUGGUCUUCAUCACUGCGGGCUAUGUUGCAACAGGAUAUCCGGAAGAAAGAGAGAAGGGGUCUUAUGCGACUAUCUUGAUGAACAUGCAAGCGCUCGGAUCGGCCAUUAGUGGCAUCAUUCCGGUCAUCAUCAACAGAAAUUCGGACACUGUUGCUGGCGUACCACGAUCAGUGUAUAUCGCCUUCAUCACGAUUAUGGUCAUCGGCGGUCUGCUAUGUCUGGCUUUGCUUCGGCCACACAAGCUUACGAGGGAUGAUGGCUCCGUCGUUGCUGUUGAUCGCCCAAGAGGAGCUUGGGAGGAGUUGAGAUCCAACUUGCGGGUCUUCACAGACCCUGUCCUUCUCAUGAUGCUACCCGCGUUCUUGCCAGCUGAGGGAUUCUUGGUGUACAGUGGAUCGGUCAAUGGUAGGUCUCCGAGCACUCGUCAAUAUAACGCUCACACGUUCAUAGCAUUCAAUAACAAUCUCCGCACCCGUUCACUGCUUUCGUUCAUUGCUGUCGUUAUGCAAAUACCAGCAGGAUGGGUCUUGCAAUACGUGCUCGACUACCCCGGGUGGGGCCGUCGCAAGCGCGGACUCAUCGGCCUGACUGGCGUGUGUAUCCCUCUAGUCAUUGCAUGGGUUUGGGAAAUGAUUCGCACCCGUAACUAUGAUCGCAACAAUCCGCCCACCAAUCCUACAGACUGGGACGAGCUCAAAUUUGGUUGGGUGUUUUUCCUUUUUAUGCUAAACUGGGUCUUCUCACAGUUGUGGCACAACAUAGUCUACUAUUGGAUUGGCGCUCUCACAAAUUCACCCCAGAAGCUCACGCAUUACGUCGGCGUUUUUCGAGGCGUUCUCGGCGCAGGAGAAGCGAUCUGCUUUGGUCUCGACAGCAUCAAAAUCCCGUUCAUCGCUGAAGCAGGUGGCAUCUUGCUAUUCUACUUGAUGGGUAUCGCGAGUUUCUACUACCUGGGAUUCUAUCACAUGACAGACACCAAUUACAAUCGUGCCGAGGAGGGUGCGGUAGUGCCCAACCAUAUUUUGGAGCAAGAAGGCAUCACUUCAGGUCACGAAGUGGUUAUUCGAGAUCGAGAAGCGAAAGAGGGGUAUGUUGCGGAGACUGAAAAGGACGGAUCCAAUGGCGGAGAAAAGGUCUGAGUCUUUGUCAGACACAUGUUUCUCUUCCAGGAGAUUUUUUACUGCGGACAAGUUAUAAUAGGUCGCGUUGUGCACUCUAAUGAUAAUACGAAGGUAUCGCUUAUAGCGCUCACAGCUGCCAGACUCUUGAUCCAAUCAGUGAAUGCGUGCUUUUCCUGCCCUUUUGCUUUUUCACCGUUCAGGCUCGAUCGUCCACCACCCGCGCUAUGGGACCCCAUGCGCAUAGCAGUGUGGUAUCAUGCAGAUCAGGCAGGC